AGAACAUUUCAAAAUUAAGCCCCUACUAACUCGUCAAAUAUUUUAUUACCUAUAAUAAUAGCAAGUUCUGAUAACAAGCCGGAUUCAUCGAUCGGACACUCGUGAAAUGUUGUGGGUGACUCGAAACGAGUAGGGAUUGAUAAAUACAUGCAUCCGGACUCGGUUUAUAUUCUCACAUAAGAGACUUAUCCCACGUACAACAUGCACACUUGACGUAAGCGUUACCAAGGUACACUUUAAGCCUAGCAAUCAUGAUAAUCUUUUCGAAAAUUUUGCAAGGAAUUGCGAGUUUUUUUGUGGAAGACAGUAUUUGCUAGUACAGAUUUUUGUGGAAAGGUAUUUAUGUAGGUCCUGUGGCUAAGAUGCACAAAAGCUUAUGAUUUUUGGCUGCGUCAAUGUAAUUCUUACUACAACAGGAUAAAAUACAAUAUGGAGACGCCUAGUAUGGAGAUCGUGGCGGAGGACGAAGGUGAAGAGGAUGUGACCAUUGAUGGUGAAGGCGACGAAGAUCAUGUAGAAUUACUGCUGGAAGCGGACGAAGAGGAGGAGGAGGAAGAAUUAGAAUAUCCAGACGACGAGGAGGAGUUGAUUACAGCAGAGGAGGAUAUAGCAGAGGAAAUUGAAGAUCAAGAAGAGGACGAGGUUUCAGUAAAAGAUGAGGAACAAGAGAUUGAGACUGUCGAAGAAGAAGAACCACGCCCCCAUCCUCGAAGGAAACCCAGCCAACAAACUGACAACAAUGACGAUCAGGAUGUAGACUUGGAUGCUGAUCACGACAAUGACCUCGACUAUUUCGACUAUGAUGACGACCUCUUGGAUGACACGGAUUACGAUCGGGACAAUGCUCUGGGGGAUGAACAGUUGGACCGAGGAGAGGAGGAGGAAGAUGAGGGUGACUUGGUAGACGAAGAAGAAGACUCUGAGGGAGAGAGCGAGGAGGAGGGUGACGACGAGGAGGAGGAGGAUGAAGACGAAGAGGACGAAGACCUUGGGACAACCCCAAUUGAAGAGCCCUUGGACGAAGCCACUCUGGAAUUGCGAGCUCGAGAGUUGAGCAUUGACACGUUUGACAAAGAAGAGUACAUUCUCGUCUAUCUCGAACUCAUGAGACGCGUCCGUGUCCUGGCCAAGCACAAUCUCUACAUUGGCGAUUACUUGACCCGACUUUGUCUCAGAAAAAAACUAAUCAAGGAGGCUGCCGGUGGAGAUAACAACUAUGGUCGCUCGACCGGCAAAGCAAGGUCCAAGAGUCACCAUCAUCACCGUCACACCCACCACCACCACCAUCAUCAUCACCACCAUAGGGACGGGGAGGUCAACCUAAUGUUAACCAAGAAGGCUCGGACUCCGUACGAGUUGUUCAGAGACACGAGACCCCCUCCGGACCUGAAGCGUGGACCUGAUCGUGGGAUGUUGAAGAGAGCUCGUCAAUUGGAGCGCCCCCAUCCCAGGGCACCUUCUUUUUUGCGUAAAGUGGAGCUCAAAGUAGUCAACAUUCACGGCGCCCUGUUUCAAAGGGUAUUGAGGAGCAAAACAAGGAACUGGAAAGAGGAUGUCGAGGUGGGGGUUGACGGAGAGGAGGUCAUCAGGGUUGUUCGGAAGGGGAGGGAAAUUACAAUGGGUCAUCCGGAUGUUCCUGUUGCGAGUAGGAGAGUCCUUCUGCCUUUAGUCGUAAAGGGAAGGGAUCAGCAGAAACAGAUUAAGCCCAAACGGAAACCCAGAGUACCCAUCUCCUCUAGAAAACUACAAAAAUUCGAUCCUCAUUAUCAGUUUGGACCACCACGAGCCACUCUCCGUGGGGGUGGUGUAGGACGUGGCACUAGCAGCAGAAGGAGUGUGGCUGGCCAGGGUCGACUUGCAACCUCAUCAGCCUCCCAUAUUCUGGCAAAAGUUGACAAGAAACCCUCUGUCCUCUGCAACGGACAAGUCAAGGCAACCAAACGCUUCGCUCGAUUUCGUAAACCACGCUGGUUUGACGACUCCACGAUGCCUGGUGGAAGGGUUCCCCGUCGGGUGAGUGCACGCUCCCUCCUCGCCAGUCAGCAACAGGGGUCCGCCAGCUGGGAAGCCCUCCUUAACCUGGAGAACAAGCGGAGCAAGAAGGCGAGGGAGGCGGCGAAACCGUCCCAACCCCCACUCCCACCAGCCCAACAGGCGGCAGAAGACUGGGCUCAGGUAACUGCUCGACUCUUCACGCUCUUGGAACGGAAGUCCGAAGCAGAGCGCGCCCACCAAAUGUCGCUCAAACUGAAGCUCACCACUUGGAGGGAGAUGGAGCGAAGGAAUGGGGAGGCGUUGGCGGAACUAUUUCAAGGGUUUAGAGACUUUGUCCUCACCCAGCCCAAUUUCUCAGCGGGGGAGAUGCGAGGCUUUAGGAGGGAUGUGGGUGGGUUUGGUGACCAGCUUCACACCGCCCAUGUCUCGCUCAUGAUCCAGCUCAUGCGUCACUACAGGGCUAAGCUCAACCUCGCUCUCCUUCAGAGGGUUUUGAAGGGAAAGACGAACCAGGGGCUGGCCAGGCUUGGUUACAGCAUUGCUGACUAUGAGCCCAGACUGGGGGAAAACCGUCAACUGUACCAGACACUCCAAAGGAAGGAAAGGGAGGUGGAGGAACAGGGUGACAAGUUGGGGGGUCGGAUGAAGAGUGCGGAACGGGGACGGCGACUGUUAUUGAGGAAGUCGGCCGCCGAGGCGGAGCGAGCAAAGGGGAUGAAGGCGCUAGAGGAUGAAGUUGGUCGUGGGGCUGUGGCGGCCAGGUCGGCCAUGUGGCGCUACACCAACCUGCUCAACAAGAACAAGUUCUUCCUGCUGGGGGCUAAUGUGGUAGAGAAGACACACCUUCUCCAAGAUUUCACUACGCGGAAGAGGGCCAUGCAACACUUUGAACUCGAAGUACACAAAAAGGACCUAGCUCGUGACGUGUACCAAAGGGAGAGAGAACUCACGGCCAUUCAGGUCAGGUCUAAAAAUGUUGGGCGAGAUUUGCAAGCGUUUCGACGAGAGAAGACGGCUGCAAAGAGGGCCCAGGCGCUAUCACAGCACUUGGAAUGGGUAGAUGGGAAUUUGGAGAAGGCGGCGCAAAAAGCAACCGCCCGCUGUGUACUCAAACCAAGUGGAUAGUCCGGCGAGAUCAAGAUCAAUUUCAAAAGCAAUUUCUUUUACAACAAACCCACAAAUUUAUUCAUACUCAUCUGCCUCUUCCACAUAUACUUUCGUCGUAUGUAUCGUGACACUGGUGACAAUUGUUAAUUCUACACAUGUGAUUUGAUCUCUCUAUGUAGUAACACAUUUUAUAAAUUUCGGGGACAUUUUUACAUUAUAAGAACAUAACGAACAAGCAAAGAAGGACUACGAAAUAGUGAUAUACAUAAUUUGUUAUAAUUUAGAAGAAAACAUA